AGUGACAGAAUUGACUGACAUGACAACAUAGGUGAUAUCUAUUAUUUUCACGAUCGCGUGGAUCAAUGUACAAAAAUUUUAAAAUUAGUUGAUAUAAAUCACUAACUAUGGAGUUUAAUAUAAUGAGCCAAUUCAGUUUUGAUUUCAAGUCUAUAUUAUUGGAUGAAAUUGCAUUAGAAGGAUUAGAAGGCAUAGAUAUUGAUCUAUUAUGGAGGCGAGUGGAGAAGACAAUUUCUAUGCCUCUUACAGAGAAAAUGAAGAAACGUUAUUGGGAUUUUAUUGUUUCGUCACCAAGUGUAUCCUUAUAUGAACUGCCUGAGCCGGUGCCGUAUUUAGAAAUUAAAGACAGAUUCACAAUAAUCGAUGAAGAUUCUGGGCGUUUGAAGGAUCCUGAUGACUAUUUGGAUGGACCAUAUGAACACAAACUAGUGGAAAAUGAAUAUGGAUCCUGUGUACAAUACCACAAACGAAAAUUGAUAAAAAAUAUAUCUUCAUUAUCUUAUGAGGAAGUGAUCAGGAUUUACAACCAAAAACUAGUGAUGGUUGCUUCAAUAGACGAGAGAUGCAAAGCUUUGGCGCCGCAUGUUCCAAAAUCAGUAGUGACAGGAUUAUCUCCAAUACAUUAUUGUUUGCUAGAAUUAAUUGGUAGGAGUAGAGAAAAUGGUCAAAUGACAAUAGGCAAAACAAAUAUACUUAAAAUUUUCAAAGACUCCAAGAUGCUGUUUUAUUUAAGAAAAGUGUUAAAAGAAUUGGACAUGAUAAGAAUAACUUGCAUAACGCAAAAGAUAGGUCACCGAGGUGUGAAGAGCCUCCUUCUGCGGUUGCGCAGAUUCCAUAAGUCAGAAACUAUGAGUUUGCCGAAGAUAGGACCAAUCCAUGAUGUUGUGGAACUAUUGAAAACCCAAGAAAACUUUACAGAGUCACUUGACAAUGUUUACCAAAAAGGAUUUUUCUCCAAGUGCCCACACAAGAAGAUAAAUAAAACAUACAAUGUUUUUCACUUUACUGAAAAAGAGGAGCAAGUCGAAGGCAGGUACAAAAAGAAAAUAGCUGUUAAAAGGCGGUACAUUUCCAUAUCAACCAAAAGCGAUUCCUCAUCAGGGUCCGAAGACGAAGCUAGUGCACAACCACUAAAAUGUCAGUACAAAGUAGGAAUCAGUCUGCUUAGACAAGCGUACAUGAGGAUACACGAAGCUGGGCUUAGAGGCUUGACACAAGUUGAGCUGUCACAGUUGUUGGGUACUGAGUUUUAUACGACCAGAAACUUAUGUAAAAUGCUCAGAACACAGGGGCUGCUGAAAGAGGUGUAUGAAGAUAAAGGCAGGCAAAGAAUUGCUAGGCUAGUUGUCAAUUGUAAUACUAACUAUAUCAAUGUUGGUUAUGAAGAAGAGUGGCAAAAAUUCCUCAACAAUCGAAUCAAAUAUAAGGAUUGUAUUAAAAAAGAAGAAUUUGACACUGAGAAACCGACAUCAAGCUCUGAUAACUUUGAAGGUCUUCACAAUAAUUAUUCAACUGAUGAUGUGAACUGGAGUGAUGUUAUAACGGAAAUUAAAAAGGUGGAACAUUUAGAGAGUUUUGACUUGGACAAUGUCUCAUUGCUAAGCUCCAAGAAGACCCUAACAUUAAGACAAUUAAAAUUUGCCAAUGGUAUAAUCAAAGUAUUAGAAGAAAAAUUUGCUAUAGCUGGUUAUCAAGCAUUAAACAAUAUAGUUUCUGCAGAAAUUGGCGAGCCACACAUGGACACGAGGGCUCUGAAAGUAUUUGUGCAAAAACUGAUCACCGAUGGCUUAGUCAAGGUUUAUAAAAUAAAAUGGCCCAACCAAUGUAAAUACACAAAUUUCAUCUGCUCGUCUAGCAUUACAAUCAAUCAUCCGAUUUUGAAAGAUAAGUAUCGUGAAAUCUUAGAGAAAAUACACAUAACAAAGGAAUCUCAAAAAACAAGAGAGGUAUCUAAAGGCAAAGGAAAUAGAUCUCUGUGCCACUAUGCUAUUCCAAGGUAUUGUAAAGUGAGAAAAUUCCAUGAAUUCAUUUUUAAGAUGGCAUACUCGCAUAAUUGGAGUCUUGAUUCUAGACUGCCUGAAGGGUUUGCCUACCUCAGGGAUGUCAUCCAAGAGAUGACUGUCGAGUUCUCUCUGGGAAACGUCAACUUGUUUGGAAAUAUCAAACUCACCAGUACUCAGGUGGCCGACACAUUAAAUAUGAAACUAAAAGACGUGCCAGAAGGAAUCUCUCGGGAAAUUGUGUAUGCUGGCACCUUUAGAAAUACUUUGAAGGAGAAUUUGCGAAUCUUAGCAUUUUUCGGCCUUGUACAAAUCGUCAAUCAACCCUUGGAACAAAAUUUUGACAACAUAAUGUUUUAUGUAAACAGACAUCCUAAAAUCGUAAAUACAACUGGCGCUUGGCCCAGGCCCAAUGCUGAUAUAAAGGAGUUGGAAAGUGAAUGUUAUUUAGCGAACAAUGAAACUGUGCGAGAAUUUUGGAACACAGUAUUUAAAAUUAGCUGCAAUACAACUAUUAUGUUGGGAAAACGAAAAAAUAGUAAUUUAAAACCGCCUGUGAGGAUGAUGGCUGAAGUGGAACAGUAUGACAAUGGUACAAGGCUUGGCGACGGAAAAGGAGCGUGCGGCUUUGAUUCCAGCUUCUACUUGGAGCUAGCUAAGCUGUGGCGCACGACGGUGCUCGAACAACUUAAGUCCAUUGCAAAACCAACCUGGAAGCCGCCUCCCAAGAUACCGAAAUUGAUACAGAAAAAGAAAAUGCCAAAACCAAAGGUAAAGUCCAAAAAAGUUUUAGCUCGAGAAAUUUUCAGAGAGAGAAUGCUAGAACUUAAUAAGUUAAAAAUACCAUUAUCUCGAGGCAAGAGCCGCCUGGUCUCCGAGUCGUGGUCAAAAGUGGAGGACCUUAUCAUUAUUUUGUGCAAACUCGCGUUGACGAUUAUGGGUCCCAUGUCACUGCCAGGUUCAUUUAGAUUUAGAAACAUUGUAGCUCGAGAAAUAAUCUCGGUGAACGACCCGGGGAAAACGCUGAAGUCGUGUCAUCGCCGCGCCUUGUAUUUGGACUCGAGGAACACAUGGGCGUAUGAAAAGCAACAUUUGCUGAACGAGUUCAAAAAACGGCAGACGUUAUAUAAAAAGUACGAAGGACUAUUGAGAAAGAUAAAAGCUCGAAUAUCAUGUAUUUCCAAAUUUAUGUCCGAAGCUAAAAUGCCAAUGAUAGAACUAAUAUGGAUCUUGUUACAAAUAACGAAAAGCGAAUCAUUUGUUAAGCGCUCACCGUGCAUCGCCACGAGUUACAAUAAUUUCCAUGAGAAAUUUUCAAUAUGUGAAGUUCCCGAUAAUACGCCUUACGAGUUGUAUAACAUGCCGGGAGCUUCAGACCACGAGACGCUGUUAAAAGAAUCUAUCAUGCUCACUGUAGCGAUGUCUUACAAUAAAGAAGUGCCUGUGAAUAUUGCAAAGAAAAUCUAUAUUUUGUUCAAAGAAUACCCGGAGAUGUCGCUCAGAAAGUCGAUAGAGGAGUUGAGGAAAAGUCAAGCUAUUAGUGCUAGGGAGAAGCUUUGUAACAACAAGAUUUACAAGAUGAAUCUGCAAGACUUGGUCGAGUGUUCGUACAAGUUGUCGGCCGGCUACUAUCGCAAAUGGAUAUCUAAACUGAAUGCCGAGUUUAUGGAACUAGUGGCGGACGCGUUCAAUAUGGAACUGCCUGCGGAGGACAUAAAAGGCGAUUCGGGCAUCAACUGUUUUUGUUGUGAACUUCAAAAUAUCGGUUUAAUCGAACUUUCGACGUAUGUAGCUCCUUCGCUAGUCGGCAGUUCAGACUUUUCACCCGAAGAGAGUUUUAAUGUUAUAAAUAUUGAGAAUAAUUCCAAGUUGAGAUCUGGAACGAAUGCAAUAAAGAGUACGACAAAUGCAAAGAAAAUCUCAUUGUUUGUUGACAAUUUUGAGAGUAAUGUGAACACAAUCGCUAGAAACGCCAAUGUUACUUACCCUAAACAUAAUAUGGAAAAGCAUAAAAACGAUAACAUCGUAUGCUUUUUGAAAGAUAAGCAGCAAAAGGGGUCUACUUUUGCUGAAUUACAAGAAUUUUCCAAGUCUGAUUCAGAGGCCCUAAUUCAGAAACUACAAGACCUGGAGGCCAAGCGCAUUAUAAAACGAGUUGGAUUUUACGAUAACCGUAUUGUACACAUAGAGUACGCAAAGUUUUGGGCCAUGACACUAGAUGGCGAAACCUUUUUACCAGCACCUUGGAUCACUCUAUACGGGACAUUGCGUCACGAAAUAUUCUUCAAAUGGACUAAUGUUGUAAUAAGUAAAAUAUUCGAAAAUCCAGGUUGCUCUAUAACUUAUAUAACGGAAAUGUGCGAGUUAAUAUCCGCUAAGAGCAUCCAAGACAUAUGCCAUUUCUUGUUCCAAUGUGAUUGUGUUAAAAUGAAAGUCAUUAAAUAUCAAAAGGUUGAUCUUUUUUCGGACGACGACGCCGUGGAAGAACUGUCUGAUUAUAAUCCUUAUGAGGCCCCGAGCAAUAUUCUUGUGUUUACUAAUUCAACCAGUCUGACAAGAUAUGCAUCAGUUAGAAGACAAUUAUUACGACCCAAGGAGGAAUCGUGAAAUUUAUACAUAAGUGUAAUAACUAAGAGAUGUAUUUAUAUUAUAUUCUUUAAGUAAUUUGGAGUCAUUAGCAGAAUAAAUCCUUGUUUAAGUUUCAGAAUAAAUGUUUUGUUAGUUUACA